AAGGCACACCAAAAUCUUCCUCUGUCGCCAAUAUAACGAUUUGCUUACAGCAUUUCACACUCUUCUCCUCGCAUUAGAACAAUAAGAAGGAUCUGAGCAUAGGGUUUGGCUCAAAUUCUUCAAUUGACACUCUCUUGUUUACAUUUCUAGGGUUUCUAAUUGUGUCAUAUCUUUCCCAUUUGCAAAAUGGCCGGAAAAACUGUGAUUUCAGACGACGAAGAUGAGGUUGAAAUUGAAGACGAAGAUAGAGAAGAGCAUGCCGAUGGAGAACCUGUCGAUGUUGAAGACCGUGGCGACGAUGAAGAAGAUGAAGACGACGAAGAAGGACAGGAUGAAUAUGAGAAAGAUGGAUUUAUAGUGGAUGAUGGUGAUGAAGAAGAACAGGAAGAGGAAGAAGAGGAUAGGGCAGACAGUGAUGAUGAGAGGCAGAAGAAGAAGAAAAGGAAGAAAAGAGAAUCGGAGAGGAAUUAUGUUCUUGAUGAAGAUGACUAUGAGCUCCUUCAGGAUAACAACAUCACUGUUCAUCGUCCGAAACUUGAGAGCAAAAAGUUUAAGCGGCUGAAAAAAGCUCAGAGGGACACAGAGGAAGGACGCUCUGGUUUUUCUGAUGAGGAGGAGUUUGAUGGAAGUGGGAAGGGUGGGCGAACAGCCGAGGAGAAGCUCAAGCGCAGCUUAUUUGGUGAUGAUGAGGGACCACCCUUUGAGGAUAUUGCUGAAGAGGAGCAACCAGAAGAUGAAGAGGAUGCUGAGAUUGGUGAAGAGGAUGAAAUGGCUGACUUUAUUGUUGAUGAAGAAGAAGUUGAUGAACAUGGAGCUCCCGUGCGGAGGAGGAAGUUGAACAAAAAGAAGCCCAGACAGGCACCAGGAGUUUCAUCAUCUGCAUUACAGGAAGCUCAUGAAAUAUUUGGUGAUGUUGAUGAACUUCUGAGGCUUCGCAAGCAAGGCUUAGCAAAGAUGGGCAGGCAUGAGGAAUCCGGUGAAUGGAGGGAAAGGAGGCUAGAAGAUGAAUUUGAACCAAUUAUCCUUUCUGAGAAGUAUAUGACAGAGAAGGAUGAUCAAAUGCGGGAGAUAGAUAUUCCAGAAAGAAUGCAGAUAGCUGAGGAAAGCACUGGCUCUCCGCCUACAGAUGAGAUGAGCAUAGAAGAAGAGAGUAACUGGAUACAUAAUCAACUUGCAGUCGGCAUGGUACCUUUGUUUGGAAAGCGAGGUAUAGGAACAACUGAAGAAGGCAACGAGCUGUCCAUCAACAAGGAUGACAUUAUGAGAUUUUUGGACAUGAUGCACGUGCAGAAGUUUGACGUUCCAUUUAUUGCUAUGUAUCGUAAGGAGGAGUGCUUAAGCCUAUUUAAGGAUCCAGAGCAGCAUGAUGCUGAUGAUGAGAAUCCAAAUAAGUCUGACCAAAAACGUACAUUAAGGUGGCAUAAGGUACUUUGGGCCAUCCAGGACUUGGACAGAAAGUGGCUGCUUCUUCAGAAGCGAAAGAGUGCUCUCCAGUCAUACUACAACAAGCGCUUUGAAGAAGAACUACGGAGAGUAUAUGAUGAAACACGACUUAAUUUGAAUCAGCAGCUUUUUGAAUCAAUUACAAAGUCUCUCAAGGCAGCUGAAUCGGAUAGAGAGGUUGAUGAUGUUGACUCAAAGUUUAAUCUCCACUUCCCCCCAGGUGAGGUUGGCGUGGAUGAAGGACAAUACAAGCGGCCAAAGAGGAAGUCACAAUAUAGUAUUUGCAGUAAGGCUGGGCUUUGGGAGGUUGCGAGCAAGUUUGGGUACAGCUCUGAGCAAUUUGGAUUGCAGAUAUCUCUAGAAAAGAUGAGAAUGGAUGAAUUAGAGGAUGCCAAAGAAACGCCCGAGGAAAUGGCUUCCAAUUUUACAUGUGCGAUGUUUGAAAACCCUCAAGCUGUGCUCAAAGGUGCUCGGCACAUGGCAGCAGUUGAGAUUAGCUGUGAACCUUGUGUUCGGAAACAUGUUCGUAGUAUUUUUAUGGAUAAUGCUGUAGUAUCAACGAGUCCUACACAUGAUGGCAAUGUAGCCAUUGAUUCUUUUCAUCAGUAUGCGGGGGUGAAGUGGUUACGGGACAAGCCACUUACCAGAUUUGAGGAUGCACAGUGGCUUCUUAUUCAAAAGGCUGAAGAAGAGAAGCUCCUUCAAGUUUCUAUUAAGCUGCCAGAAUCUGUCCUUGACAAAUUAAUAAGUGACUCGGAUGAUUAUUAUCUCAGCGACGGUGUGAGUAAAUCUGCUCAGUUGUGGAAUGAGCAGAGGAAGCUAAUACUGCAGGAUGCCUUUUUCGGUUUUCUGCUACCUUCAAUGGAGAAGGAAGCAAGAGCCUUGUUGACCAGUAGAGCAAAAAACUGGUUACUUUUUGAAUAUGGACAGCUUUUAUGGGACAAAGUCUCUGUAGCACCAUAUCAGCAGCGAAAGGAAAAUGAUGUUAACUCAGAGGAAGAAGCUGCGCCCGCACCCAGGGUAAUGGCUUGCUGUUGGGGGCCUGGAAAGCCUGCAACCACAUUCGUGAUGUUGGAUUCCUCUGGAGAAGUGCUGGAUGUGUUGUAUGCUGGGUCCCUUAACCUACGUGGCCAAAAUGUUAAUGACCAGCAACGAAAGAAGAAUGAUCAGCAACGUGUUUAUAAAUUUAUGACGGACCACCAACCGCAUGUUGUUGUUCUAGGAGCUGUGAAUUUGUCCUGUACUCGGCUGAAGGAGGAUAUAUUUGAGAUCAUUUUCAAGAUGGUGGAAGAUAAUCCAAGGGAUGUUGGACACGAAAUGGAUAAUUUAAACAUCGUGUAUGGUGACGAAUCUCUUCCACAUCUGUAUGAGAAUUCUCGUAUUUCAUCAGACCAGCUUCCUGGGCAGUCAGGUAUUGUGAAGCGGGCUGUGGCUCUUGGGCGAAAUGUUCAAAAUCCAUUAGCAAUGGUUGCGACAUUAUGUGGACCAGGGAGGGAGAUAUUAUCCUGGAAACUUAGUCCUUUAGAGAGCUUUCUUACUCCUGAUGAGAAGUAUGGGAUGGUUGAACAGGUUAUGGUGGAUGCCACCAAUCAAGUGGGCCUUGAUGUUAACUUAGCUUCUAGCCAUGAAUGGUUAUUUGCACCUUUGCAAUUUAUUUCCGGGCUGGGCCCCAGAAAGGCAGCAUCUCUGCAGAGGUCCUUAGUAAGAGCUGGAGCAAUCUUUACUCGUAAAGACUUGUUAACAGCGCAUGGUCUUGGUAAAAAGGUGUUCGUAAAUGCCGUUGGUUUCUUGCGUGUCCGGCGAAGUGGAUUGGCUUCUAGCAGUAGUCAAUUCAUAGACUUGUUGGAUGAUACUAGGAUACAUCCAGAAUCUUAUGGUCUUGCACAGGAGUUGGCCAAAGAUCUUUAUUAUGAGGAUGUCCAAGAUGACACAAAUGAUGAUGAGGAUGUGCUGGAGAUGGCUAUAGAGCAUGUGAGAGAGAAGCCUCAUUUAUUGAAAUCCCUUCAGGUUGGUGAAUAUGCUAAAUCUAAAAACCGUGAAAACAAAAAAGAAACCCUCAAUGAUAUAAGAUUGGAGUUGAUACAAGGCUUCCAAGAUUGGCGUAGAUCCUAUGCGGAACCUAGUCCAGACGAGGAAUUUUAUAUGAUUUCUGGGGAGACAGAGGAUACCCUUGCCGAAGGAAGAAUUGUGCAAGCCACUGUUCGCAGAGUGCAACCUCAAAGAGCAGUGUGUGUCCUUGAAUCUGGAUUGACUGGCAUGCUUAUGAGGGAAGAUUAUACAGAUGAUUGGAGGGAUGUUAAUGAUUUGACUGAGAAGCUGCAUGAAGGAGAUAUUCUAACUUGCAGAAUCAAAUCAAUUCAAAAGAACAGGUACCAGGUGUAUUUAAAUUGUAGAGACAGCGAGCUGAGGAGUAAUCGUCAUCAGAAUUAUCAAAGCAUGGAUCCCUAUUACCAUGAAGACCGCAGUAGUUUGCAGAGUGAACAGGAUAAAGCACGUAAAGAAAAGGAGCUAGCAAAGAAGCAUUUCAAGCCAAGGAUGAUUGUCCAUCCCCGCUUCCAGAACAUUACAGCGGAUGAAGCGAUGGAGUUCCUUUCUGACAAGGAACCUGGUGAGAGUAUUAUCCGUCCUAGUUCUCGUGGACCCUCAUAUUUGACUUUAACACUCAAAGUUUAUGAUGGAGUUUAUGCUCACAAGGAUAUAGUUGAAGGCGGAAAGGAGCACAAGGACAUCACAAGUUUACUUCGCUUAGGAAAAACAUUGAAAAUAGGAGAGGACACAUUUGAGGAUUUGGAUGAGGUAAUGGAUCGUUAUGUUGAUCCAUUAGUAGCUCAUUUGAAAUCUAUGCUGAGCUACCGCAAGUUCAAAAAGGGCAGUAAAGCAGAAGUUGACGAGCUCUUAAGGAUUGAAAAGUCUGAGUACCCAAUGAGGAUUGUCUACUGCUUCGGCAUAUCUCAUGAACAUCCUGGCACAUUCAUCCUAACUUACAUACGGAGUUCAAAUCCACAUCACGAAUAUGUUGGUCUGUACCCUAAGGGAUUUAAGUUCCGGAAAAGAAUGUUUGAGGACAUUGAUCGCCUUGUGGCAUACUUUCAGAGGCAUAUUGAUGAUCCACAUGACUCAGCGCCAUCAAUUCGAUCGGUUGCUGCAAUGGUGCCAAUUCGAAGCCCUGCAACUGGGGGCUCUUCAGGUGGCUGGUCUGGUUCAGCCAAUAGCAAUGAUAGUGGCUGGAGGGGCCAGUCUAUGGACCGAGAUAGAACUUCUGCUAGAACAGGCAGAAGUGAUUACAGAAAUGGCAGCGGUCAGGAUGGGGAUGGACAUCCAAGUGGACUGCCUAGGCCGUAUGGUGGGCGUGGGCGAGGGCGUGGGCGAGGCUCGUACAACAGUGGUAGGGGAAGUAGCAGCAGCAAUGACAGGCAGGAUUCAGACUAUGGUUCCCAGAAGUGGGGCUCCAAGGAUGCUGAUGAUGGAUGGGGCAGUUUUCCAGGUGCAAAAGUUCAAAAUUCACCAGGCAGGGAAGCUUUCCCUGGCGGUUGGGGUGGUGGUGGAAGUGGUAAUGCUGCCGGCAAUGACUGGGGUGGUGGUGGCAAUGAUGGCGGCAGUGCAAGUGGUUGGGGCAGUGGUGCUGAUGCUGGUUCUGACAUUGGAAAUUCUGGCUUUGGCAGCAGCAAGAGAAAUUCAGGAAGGAGUGGGGGUGGUGGUUGGUGAAGCUGUGUCACUUGCAAUGAGCUCUUGAUUUUAUAGAAACCAAAAUGUUGGGUGAUGAGCACUCUCUUGUUUAAACGACCUAAUGCCCAUUGCCAUUUUAUGUAUUCACAAUCUCUAUUAUAUGCAUUUGGCAGUAGUAACUCGAUCUGAUUUAUGCCCAUAAGCUGGUCGUUUAACUUUCUAUUGGUAUUUCAUUUUCUGUAUUGGUCGUAAUUGUAGCAUUAACAUUAAAAAUUGGGGGCUGUCCUUACAUUGCUAUAGCUGUUGAUUUUAACUAGCAGUACUUGGUGCAAUGCACG